GGGGCCGGCCUGGUCCGCGCGGUGACGCGCCCUGCAGCCGCCAGCGAGCGAGCGAGCGAGAGAGCCAGCGAGCUGCCGAGCGCGCCCCGUCCGUCGCGCGCGAUGCUCCCCUGGACGGCGCUCGGCCUGGCCCUGAGCUUGCGGCUGGCGCUGGCGCGGAGCGGCGCGGAGAGCGGUCCACCAGCAUCAGCCCCCCGAGGGGACCUGAUGUUCCUGCUGGACAGCUCGGCCAGCGUGUCUCACUACGAGUUCUCCCGGGUUCGGGAGUUUGUGGGGCAGCUGGUGGCUCCACUGCCCCUGGGCACUGGGGCCCUGCGUGCCAGCCUGGUGCACGUGGGCACUCGGCCGUACACUGAGUUCCCCUUCGGCCAACACAGCUCAGGCGAGGCUGCUCAGGAUGCUGUUCGCGCUUCAGUCCAGCGCAUGGGUGACACUCACACUGGCCUGGCGCUGGCAUAUGCCAAAGAACAGCUCUUUGCUGAAACAGCAGGUGCCCGGCCAGGGGUGCCCAAGGUGCUGGUGUGGGUGACAGAUGGCGGCUCCAGCGACCCUGUGGGACCCCCCAUGCAGGAGCUAAAGGACCUGGGCGUCACCGUGUUCAUUGUCAGCACCGGCCGAGGCAACUUCCUGGAGCUGUCAGCCGCUGCCUCAGCCCCUGCGGAGAAGCACCUGCACUUUGUGGACGUGGAUGACCUGCACAUCAUCGUCCAAGAGCUGAGGGGCUCCAUUCUCGACGCGAUGCGGCCGCAGCAGCUCCGUGUCACGGAGAUCACGUCCAGCGGCUUCCGCCUGGCCUGGCCACCCCUGCUGACCGCAGACUCGGGCUACUACGUGCUGGAGCUGGUACCCAGUGCCCAGCCGGGGGCUGCGAGACGCCAGCAGCUGCCGGGGAACGCCACGGACUGGACCUGGGCCGGCCUCGACCCAGACACGGACUACGACGUGGCGCUGGUGCCUGAGUCCAACGUGCGCCUCCUGAGGCCCCAGCAACUGCGGGUGCGCACGCGGCCAGGUGAAGCAGGGCCGGGGGCCGGGCCGGACCCCACCCAGCUCGCCGCCCUCCCCGCCCCGGAGGAGGCCGGGCCGGAGCGCAUCGUCAUCUCCCACGCCCGACCGCGCAGCCUCCGCGUGAGCUGGGCCCCAGCGCUGGGCGCAGCCGCCGCGCUCGGCUACCACGUGCAGUUCGGGCCGCUGCGGGGCGGGGCGGCGCAGCGCGUGGAGGUGCCUGCGGGCCGCAACUGCACCACGCUGCAGGGCCUGGCGCCAGGCACCGCCUACCUGGUGACCGUGACCGCCGCCUUCCGCUCGGGCCGCGAGAGCGCGCUGUCCGCCAAGGCCUGCACGGCCGACGGCCCGCGCCCGCGACCACGCCCCGUGCCCCGUGCUUCGACCCCGGGGACCGCGAGCCGUGAGCCGUGAGCCGGCGUCCCCGCCCUGCCGAGAGGGCCGGCGCCGACCCGAGGGCCCCUGUGUCCCGAACCCGGUGAGGAGGCGCCCAACUCGGGAGAAGGGUGCAGGCCCGGCCUUUCCCCACACGGACUCCGUACGACCCCGGCCCUCUCCCUGUGGCCACAGGGCUUCCCCGCCUGGCACCUGCCGUCCAGGGCUGGGGCCUCGCCUGGUGGGACCGCACAGCAGCUCCGGCCCCAUUCCCGCCCCGAGUCAGGCGUGCUGUCCGCUCGUGGGUGGUGUUGAGAGCAUCUGACCCAGGACUGUCCAGGAAAGAGCCCCGGUCAGACUCCCACGUGUGAAGACUCGGCCCCAGGUGGCAAGGGCUGGCCUGGGGUGGGCAGCUUGGGCCCUGGACGCCGAUAGGAAGUGGAAGGGGAAUUGCGGGAGAAGCUGGCCCAGGUCAGGUCCCCAAAGGCUUCUGAAGAAAAGGAAGGGCAGGUAGGGGCACCCGGACGCUGGUGGUGUGGCCAGGAAGCUCAGCCAGCCGGGAGGGCGGCGCCUGCUGGGGACGGUGGACCUGCCUUCAUGCCCAGGACACCAGCUGGGUCCAGCUAGCAGCCACUGGGAAUCAGAGGAAUGGGGCAGAGCCGGGCAUUCAGGACCUUGAGGACAGGUGACCCCAUCCACCCACUUCCACGGUCAGGCCCUGGGACGGCACUGACAGGAAACCUUGAGUCGGAGCGCUCCCCAGGGGCUGCAGGGAGUUCGCUCUCCAGGGAGGCCCCAGCGACCACACCAUCUUUUGUCUGUGAGAGGUCUCCCCCCUGGGCCACAUCCUGUCACUACUCACUACCCUGGGGCCUGCGGGCGAGUUGCCUAGGGUGGGGGUGCCUAGCCAGGCGCACUCCCUGCCCCGCCUAGUCCUUGGUUAUCAGGACUGUGGUGUCACGCAAUGCUCACCUCUCCUCUUCCCCACUAACGUCCCAGACCUUAAAAUUCAGUAAAUCAGAUAUACACCGAG